AUGGCCAAAAAUGGUUUCUAUGCAGUUGCUAAAGGCCGCAACGUCGGUGUCUAUACUACGUGGGCUGAGUGUCGUGCAGAAGUCAGCGGAUAUCCUUCGGCUAGAUAUAGAAAAUUCGGUACUGAAAGCGAAGCUCUCGCAUUCAUCGCCAACUGUCAGCUAGGGUGUAAGCCUCUAGUUUCUAAUGUUUUUGAAACGAUAAAGAGAAAUAUCAAGGGAGCAGCAGUUUGCUACGGCCUUUUAUUUUUUACUUGUGGUUUUUACAGUAAUUCCGAAAUUUGGAAAGAUGCCGUUGUUGUCUAUACCGAUGGUGCAUGCCCAAACAACGGACGAGGAACAGCAAAAGCAGGUUAUGGUAUCUAUUGGGGACCGGGCCAUGAAGAUAAUACUUAUGGUUGUGUUCAUGGUGCACAAACAAACAAUAGGGGAGAACUGCUAGCUGUGGACAUAGCAUUAAAGCAGGCUAUUAGAAACAAAAUUCCGUGUAUUGUGGUUCGAACUGAUUCGCAAUUAUUGAUUAAGUCAAUGGACGUCUAUAUGGAAAAAUGGAAAAAAAAUUCCUGGAAGACUUCAUCUGGUGGAGAAGUAAAGAAUCAGGAUCUCUUGCGUUCUAUUGAUGCAAGCACUCGCAAACUUCAUGUGAAAUUUGAGUAUGUUCCUGGCCAUAGCGGUGUAUCCGGCAACGAGGCAGCCGAUGAAAUGGCAAGACGUGGCGCCAGUAUGUAUCGGAAUAAUUCGUAG